UACGUCCACCUUUCUCUCAAGGCUCCACUUGUCAGCUCCAUUCACUCCCUGCAGUGUCGACACAUUGUUCUCUCCAGCGAUGGCAGAUUGUACAGUCAGAAGAACGCGUCGGGGGCGAGCAGCAGCAUCGUUGAGUACCUACUGCUCCACCAUGGUCCAGCAUUCACAGUCCAUAAACCGCUCCGUUCAGGUGGUCAACCUGGACCCAGCAGCCGAGCACUUUGAAUAUCCUGUCAUGGCAGACAUCCGUGAGCUCAUCCAGGUGGAUGACGUGAUGGAGGACCCUUCUCUCAGAUUCGGGCCUAACGGAGGCCUGGUCUUCUGCAUGGAGUAUUUUGCCAACAACUUUGACUGGCUGGAGGAAAGCCUGGGUCAUGUAGAGGAUGACUACAUACUGUUCGACUGCCCAGGUCAGAUUGAACUUUACACACACCUCCCUGUAAUGAGACAGCUGGUGGAGCAGCUCCAGCAGUGGGAGUUUCGGGUGUGUGGGGUCUUUUUGGUAGACUCCCAGUUCAUGGUGGAGUCUUUUAAGUUCAUCUCAGGAGUCAUGGCUGCCCUGAGUGCCAUGGUGUCAUUAGAGAUUCCUCAAGUAAACAUCAUGACAAAAAUGGACCUGCUUAGUCCCAAAGCCAAGAAGGAAAUUGAAAAAUACCUGGACCCAGAUAUGUACUCAAUGAUGGAAGAUAACUCCAAUACUAUCAGCAGUACAAAGUUCAAGAACCUGACUAAAGCCAUCUGUGAUCUGAUUGACGACUACAGUAUGGUGAGAUUCCUGCCUUUUGACUGCACAGAUGAGGAAGGUAUCAACAUAGUACUGCAACACAUUGACUUCUCAAUACAGUAUGGAGAGGACCUGGAAUUCAAGGAGCCAAAGGAGGAUGAUGAAGAGCCUUCUAACCUAAAUUAUGACGAGAUAUUUCAAGACAAGGUGGACAGCUAGCUGAGGAGUAAUGUGACUCCUGGACAAAAAGAGACUUGUCAGUGUUAAAACAAACAAACAAGAACAAUCAAGACUCACCAUAUCAAGCCCAGGUGGAGGAUGGCGUGUGACUGCAAAGGCACAUGGGAAAAAUACUGACUCUGAAGAUCAUAAACAUAUCACGGAGUUUUCGUUUUCUGUGCCAUUCAGAUUAUGUUUCAUUUUAACUCAUUCAUGUUGUAUUAUUUCAGGACAAUGUUGAAGUGUAAAGAGUUAUAAAAUACGUGUAUUAAACCUAUAUUUUUAAAUAAAAUAUUGCACAAAAUAUAAAA